UGAAGCCUCCGCGCGAGAACAUAACAAAUAUUAGGGCUUCUAAACCAAACCCAAAGUAUAGAAACUUUAACGGUUCCAUCGGUUACUUGAGUAACCCUCCGCUCCGCCCACAGCUGAUUAGAUAAGGUUCCGUCUAUUGGGAGAGCCGGAGAACUCCGGACUCUCUUACGCCCCUACCAAAUACAUUGUGUGUUCGUUCAGCGCAAAGGCGAUAGUUAGUUCAAUUGGUAAUUGCAGAAAGGAAUCAUGUUGACUGAGUUCGCUGGCAAUCUAUCGCAUCCGCUGGAGUUCGGUCAUGUUUUGGAGGUCGUGGCCAAGACCAUCGAUGGAGCAGCCAGGUUCCACAUUAACCUCUGCACGGCCAAGAGCACGGUAGAUCCCAAUGCAGACAUUGGGCUACGCUUCUCGUGCUAUUUUCGAAAUGAUGUGAUCGUACGGAAUUCCCGAGUGAACGGCUCCUGGGGCGAGGAGGAAACCCAUGUUCCGGAUCCGAACACUUUGCCCAAUCCCAUCGUCAGUGGCGAGUUCUUUCUGGUGUACAUUCUAUGCCUUGAGGACAGUUUCGCCAUUUCGAUAAAUAGCCGCGAAUUCUGCAGGUUUCGAUACCGAAUGCCUCUUGGGGCUUUAAGAGCCCUGGAGAUCCGUGACCAGAUCCAAGUGAUUAAGCAGGUUGAUCAUCGUACUGUGUUUCCCAAUCCCUGGCCCGCUAUCCACGCUUCGGACUACUUCAAGGCAUUCAGUAACGACCAGCCCAUAUUGUUUAGCCCUGGCCAUGUGAUUGUUCUUACAGCUCGCUGUUUUGAGAACAAGAAGGGGCAAUUUAUUAUCAAGUUCAUGGACUCGGACACGAAACGUGAGGAGCUUCAUUUCAGCGUACGUUUUGAUGAAAAGGCGGUUGUACGUAACUCCAUGAGCAAGAACUUCGAUUUUGGAAACGAGGAACGUCAUGGCGGGUUUCCCUUCGUCUUUAACCAACAGUUUAAGCUUGCACUGGCCUUUACCGAACGCGAAGUUCUGACCGCCGUGGAUGGUUAUAACUUCUUCAGCUAUGCUUGGCGCACACCAAAUGCCAUGAUGAAUUUAGUGGGCUUUAAAGUGACCACCAUAAAUGGCCUGGUGAUUCAGAUAACCGGUGUGGAUCACCUGCAGACGGGAGACCCCACCUGCGCUGGCUUCGAAAAAUAUUCCCGCCAUGAUUACGAGUGUGUUUAGUAACCAAUUAACCAAACUAAGUCUGAAUAUACAAAUGUUAACUUA